ACAUUCUUGGCUGUAGCCUUUCAUGGGGCCAACCCAACCCAACCCAACGACUUGGAAUAUAAUAUUGCCAUCCUCUCCUCUCUUUCACUUAUACCCUACCAGGCUACCGCUACCACCUCCACAGAAACGAAAACAAAUUAAACGAGAGCUGGACACUAUGCUCUAAUAUUCCAUCCCCCUUGUAUAUUAAUUGUUGAUCAGUUUGAAUCUCUCAGCUGGCAACUAGCUAGGCAGAGGAACCCAACUAAUUAAGGUCCAUACAGAGAGAGCAGUAGAGAAACAUCCAUCUCGAUCUUCAACUGCGUACUGCGACAACAACAACAGCAGCACCGCAGCCCAUCUCUCAAUUUCCCCCAUGUCCUGGGUCAAUAAUUAUCAACUCGCGGAGCUGACAUGGAAAAAGGGGCAGCUAUCCAUGAACGGGCUGGGUAGCACCCAAAACCCAACCCCAAAACCGAUAUGGGCUGGCAGUAGCAGGAACAACAACAACAACAACAACAACAACGAUACCCUGGAGUCCAUUGUCCACCAAGCCACCUUUCUCAAGCCUCCUCCGGCCGCCGUCCAGCCGCCACCCGACACCAAAUCUGCAACCACAGGCCCCUGUCGGAAGCGCAUCAGACAAGGAGACGGUGAUCAGAGGGGUUGCGCCACCGCUGCUGCGUCGGGCGGAGAGAGCGAUGGUACUGUGAUGACGUGGCCACUUCCAGCUUCAUUUCAGACCUCCUGCAAGAGAACAGCCCUGCAGCCUCAUAAGGAUCAUGCUUCCCGCGCUCGAUCGGUAGGCAAUGAUGGUGUGGAAGAAGAAGACGAGGAGGAGUCCAACAAAACAGAAACAACAAGCAAAACACUUUCAUCAGCUAACACGAGAAGCAGAACAUCUACUGUGCACAAUCAAUCAGAAAGGGUAAAUGAUAAAAUCUUACUCAUCAGUAUACAAUUGCAUGCAUCAGUUAAUUAGUUCUAGUGAAUUAUCAUCACCCUUAAUUCUAGCAUUACUCUUAUUUUCUGGAUCGUAUUAUAGAGACGCAGAGAGAGGAUUAACCAGAAGAUGAAAGCACUGCAAAAGCUAGUUCCAAAUGCACACAAGACGGACAAAGCUUCAAUGUUGGAAGAGGUGAUCGAUUACUUGAAACAACUCCAAGCUCAAGUUGAAAUGAUGAGCCAUGCUCGAAGCUUGGUCGCAGCCCCUCAAAUGAUGAUCCCUUUUGAUGCACAUGCACUACAUCAACAACAGGAGCAACAGAAGCAGCAGCAGCAGCAGCUACAAAUGUCUAUAUUGGCGGCCGCACAGAGUGCAACCAUGGGAGUUGGGUUAGGGAUGGGCAUGGUGCAUAAUUUUCCCUUCCUCCAUCUUCCUACAACUAUGCCAACUUCUCCACCGCAAUUUCUGCACCCGCAAGUCAGCAACAGCAAUGGCGCUAGUUCAUCAGUAGGCCCUUUCGAUGCAUUAGCUCAAUCCAAGAGCAUGGAGCUUUACAUGGGUAAUCUGGCUGCAAUUUAUCAACACCAACUUCAUCAGCUUGGUAGUCUCGUUCAUGGGACUCAUGCGAUUAAUGGUGCAUCACAUUCACAACAAUCCUAUUCCUACCAUAACCAAGGGGGCAGGUAGCGGCCCAAAUUUGCAUCAAACUAUAUAUACAUACUAGGAACGAUUGUCUAGUGCAGAGGGCCGGGUACGUACUGCUAAAACUGUAAUCAAAAUAGUUUGAUGAGGAUUGUAUAGGCUUUUUAAGUACAUCCCGUGUGAUGAUGUGCACGUAUAUAUAUGUCCCUCGUGCUUGGCUUCUUUUUCUUCUCAAACUAUACAUGUUGCUUACAUUACUUAUCAUUCUUGGACAACAGGACCAUACAAUUGGAUAGAUACUCCAUUUUAUUUUAUUAUUACAACCAUUGGCAUGCAAGCAAACUUCUAAAAUGUAUAUAUGUGCCG